UCCCUGCUUACCCUAAUAUCUAGGGCAGAUAUAUAUCUAUAUAUAUAUAGAGAGAGAGAGAGAGGCCAGAUGCGUAGAUACAAAAACUUUGUCAGAAGUAUGGCGUACGCAACCUCUUGUAGAAAUUUGAUGAUGAUCGCAGAAUCUUGCUACAUACCCAAGGAAAACAAGGACAAACCCGCCGGAGAAGACGCCCACUUUUUCUGCGAGUCGGCGCAGGUGAUCGGAGUCGCCGACGGCGUCGGCGGGUGGGCCAGCCGCGGGAUCGACGCCGGCGAAUACGCCAGGGAGCUGAUGAAAAACGCCGAGUACGAAGUCAAGGACUACUGCCCGAUCGACGUGGAGCCCAAAGAAGUGCUCCGACAAGCUUUCUUGAACACGGCGGCGGAGGGUUCUUCCACCGCCUGCAUAAUCUCGCUCGCCGGGAAUAUUCUAACGGCGGCGAACGUCGGCGACAGCGGAUUUACGGUGAUCAGGGGCGGCAGGACUUUCUACAGGUCGCCGGUGCAGCAGUACGGGUUCAACUUUCCUUACCAGUUGCAGAAUUCGUCGUCGGAGGAUGACGGCGCCGAGCAGGCGGAGGAGAUGACGGUGGAGAUGGAGAGCGGCGAUGUUGUAGUCGCCGGAACUGAUGGGCUGUUCGACAAUUUGUUCCCCGAGGAUAUAGAGACGAUUGUGAGGGAUUAUUGCUCGGAUUCGAUGCUGUCUUUGUCGGAGACGCUGGCUACGGCGGCGCUGGAGAGAUCUGAGGAUACGACCACCGUCACCCCGUUCGAGGUGGCGGCGUAUGAGGCCGGGAAACGACACCUUGGAGGGAAGUACGAUGAUAUUACAGUUGUUGUUGCUCGUGUUGUACUUGCGGGGAGUAUUAGUUCGUACGACAACGAUGAUGAUGGUGAUGAUCUUAUGGAUCUUUGUAUUCUGGUGUAG